GGGGGGGGUUGGGGCAAACAUCUACAGUUCUGAACGUUUGCCUUCCUGUAAUUGUGAUAGACAGAUGUUGGCCUUGGAGAGCGUGCCCAUAAGUACGCUGAUGUGUCAUAAGGAACUCUGCUCUUACCCAUGUCAAUAGGUCACGGACCACUGUGUCAUGAUGAAAUAGGCUGUGAGCCUUUUGGAAGUCUCAGCAUCAGAAAUGACUCUGUUCUUGUUCGUCUCCCAUGUGAGGCUUUGCUUUGAGCGUUAACGUAUUCUUGAAGCUUUAUUCCCAUUAACUGUGUUUCAGUUAAUGCUGUUAAUUCAAUCCGGGGCGUGUGGGGGAAACAGAUUGCUUCAUUGUGAGCAAUGGUAAGUCACGCACACCAUUCACAGAGCUUCAUUGCUGUGCAGUACUUCUGCUCGGAGCAGUACGACUGUGUGGUCACUGCAGUCACCCUCAGCUUCAGGGGCUCCUGCAAUUUUGGGAACUGCUCUUCUGGAAAUGUUAUAUGAAAUACAGCAUCUCAUGAAUGCCGUGAAACUGAAAGCUUUGUCCUCUUCUGAGUGCUUCUCCUGUUGUUUCAAAGAUGCCAUUCUGAGCUUUUGUAGGGGUGGCUGAAUACAACCACAAAGCUCCUAUAGAGACCCUGGGAUAUAAGAGCUUGCAAGCUAAAAUUGCAGUAGUUCUUUCAAGCAAAUGAAACUAAACUCGGUUGGGCAAUGCUCUGGGUUUUGUCAGAGAACUUGCAUGGUAAUAAGUUCUGUUUGUUCAGUCUCUAAAGACAGCAGUGUGCAAGUCUCCUGUUUUAUGUACUGAGGGUUUGUGUAUGGCCUUAGAAUACUGUAAAAACAUCCAGGAGGAACAUAUGGUAGUCUCAUCAUUGCACUUUGUGGCAUGUGACAUGGACCCCAAAUAAUUCAAAUGGCGUGUCAGGUACUUAGCUUCUAUUCGGAUCUCAGUCCUACCCUACAGUGCCUUUUGGUGUAUGUAGGUAUGCACAGAUACAUACUUUCUAUAUAGGCAGAUGCUGAGAGAGAUGGAUAUCUGAGAGCACUGUAGUUCAUCUGUACUACAUCCUAAUCUGGAGGUCUACGUAGCUCCAGAUGUACACAGCUAUCCAUAUUGAUGCAUGUCUGUAUACUUCUAUACGUGUGAUUGCUGUAGAAACAGCUUCUUGUUUUGAGGUGUACACAAUUUACCCUAAAACUAUGAUCAGGCAUUUUUUCCUGUGUAGAUUUGCUAAAUAGAAAUUAGCAGCUCUGCAGCCAAGGGAAGGUUAAUCUGAAUAUCUGCUUAUCUAACACGUAUUUGCUAACAGUAAGUGCAACAAGAGUCCAAAACUUUGAGAAUUAAUCUCAAAGCCGUGAAUCUGUAGUAAAUAGGAAUUGUUUGAUUUUUCUUCACUAUUACUAUUCAAAAUUCGUGGGUUGUGCGCUAAGGAACUUGUGGUGCUGCAGCUGUGCUGGGGUAUGUUUAGUACAUGGGAAGCUUUGGCCCAGAGAGAAUAGCAAUGCGUUUGUUAGUGCUGGGAGCAGCACCACGAGUACAUGUGGCAGAACGCAAAGCAGAGAUGAGAUGACAGUUUUCUGCUUGAUUUUAUGAAACGCUUCGUUUAGGGAGAGGCAUUAAAGGUCGGUUGUGGAACUGAGUGGAGCAUAAAUUAAUUGAGUAGAAUGAAAGCUCCUGGUGCUUUUGGGAAGUGCAGGACUUUCCCUAACUGAAGCAUGGAUGUUCAGUUCUAGUUCUGCUAACUAGCGUGGGGAUGUUGCAAAGAGGUUAAGCUCCUGGUUUUCUUGCUUCAUCUGAUUAAAAACUUGGCAGUAGAAACUCAUCUCAUGAGCAAACAUCAAAUCUGGUCAGAAUAUGUUCCUGGAAGGAGAGCACACUGAUCCUGCUGUGGAGGUUUGGAUCCAGAACUGGGAGUGCUGGGCUGUGGCUGCACUGUUGGGUCGCUGUCUCAAAUCCUGCGCCUUCCAGGCACGAUGUGCUGCUCUGACCCAGUGCCUCUGAGACAGAACAAGAGUUAAUGAGUAGCUCUGCUAGGGAAGCAAGUUCCUCAAAAGAUGAGGAGGAAGAGAGGGCAGUGAAGGACCAUUGUUCUGUGUUGGGAGCCAUUGUUUUAAAGUGUCUUUGAGUAAUGAUAUCAGAAUGAUUAAGUCACAUGAGAUUUGCAUACGAAAGUUACAGCUUGUAUCUCAGAGGGCCUCUUCUAGCUUCCCUUCUGCCAUCAGCUUUAGCUGUCUUAGGAGUUAUGUUCUAAAAAAGAUAAUAUAGAAAAAAAUCCCUGAAGAUACAAAAUAAGAGGUAUAAAUGGAUGACCUACUUUGGUUGACCCAAUUUUCCUGUCUUGCUCCAAGUAGAUAUUUUCAGUUCUUAAGAAGUUGAUAAUCAAUGUGUGGGAAUGCUUAUAGGCAAUGUUGCUGUAACAGAGUUGUAUUUUGAAAGAAAAGUUUGGAAGAAUUGACUUAAACAAGUGAAAAGUAGCAAGCUGAGGUAGCUACUGACCCCAGUGAGGAAAAACAGCUAUUAUAAGAGAUUGAAGCUAUAAAUGCUGUUUUCUCAUGGACUGAGAGGUCCGUGAGAUCAAAAGAGCAAAAGCAAAUAAAGAUAAGUUUCAUUCAUUAGGAUUUCUAGAAGGAAGCAUCAGCAGUUCUGAAGGAAAUUCUGCCAUUGUGCUCCUGACAGUUAAUUGUUUGUUUAUUUUACUUCUGAACUCCCUUAAUCUAGUAAAAACAAUCAAAUUGGCAAGCGUUAUUAAUGUGCCCUGGGCAACUAAAUCAGCAGAGUGGAAGUAGUAAGUGCUGUAUGGAUUAGUUGUCUUGUUCAAUUUUUAGGUCGCUAUCACAGGCUUCCGAACAGUUCUUAAGCGAUCAUAAGCUUAUCCGUGUAAUUUAGAUUCCUCUUUCUUUUAGGGGUAGAGCUAUUCCCUUACUUCUGUGUAUGUUGGAGGGCAGGCCUUGAGCCUUAAACAUCACUGAAAUGUGUUAGUUGUAGGCAGGUAGUCUCAGUUAUCACUUUUGGUGUCUAAAGUAAUGGACUGGAAAGCGUCAGUCUCCCGAGGGGUUAUUAACUUCGUUAAAGCCAUACUGCUUUAAAGAACAUGUGCACUACUUUCAUCUCUUAUUUAGUUACGAUUCUGAACUUGUCAAUUUUAAACAAACUUGUCUUUCAUUAACAUCCUUCUUGUGUAGCCAUGUAAGUUCUACUGGUUUUGUUUAUUUUCCCAAGGUCAGUGUUUAGUGGCAUUCUCUGAAACAUUUUGCAUCUCACUGCAUCUGUGUAGUGAGUCUGUCUUAUUGCCCUGUCAUUCUUACUGACUCAUGUGGAUGACAUCUGCUUUUUGUUUUUAUCUAAAAGCACACAGAUGUUUUUUACCCUUUGUGAUCGCAGGAAGAGCAGCUUCUGCAUGGAUCAGUGAGAUUAAGAGCAGUGCUUGUUUUGGUUCUGGAGAGGUAUUGACUGUCUCUCAGCUGUGCAGCGGGACUGCAACAGGAAUGAGUGGCUGAAACUUAGUUUAGACAAAGCUAAGCAAGGAGGGUCAAUGGGAGGCUGAAAUAGUGUGUCAUACGACUUGACAUGGCCUACUCUUUGUGCUUUUGUUGAGGAUGGGUCAUAAGCAAUGAUAGCAGAGAUGUGCUACGUAUCUUACCUGCUGUUGGGUGAGUAGUGUGGAUGAGAAAUCAAUUUCUUCUGCUGAGCUGGAGAGCUGCAGCUGUAGGUUCUGGUCUGUACACAUCUGGCCGCACUUCAGAGCCCAGUAGGCAUGGCUCCAAGCUGCUCACCACCUCUGAGAGCUUUGGGGGGGCUUGUUGGUCUGGAAUAGUGAACUUCUUCCAUUGUUUGGUUGCUGUUUUUAAUAGCUGUUGUCUUUCAUUUAUGUUAGUAUGGCAUGAUUCUUACCAGAUACUUCCUCUGAUGGUACAUGUUAGACACAGCUGCCUGCGUUCCCAUUUCAGAGGAUGGCUUUCCUGUCCAUAAGUGCUCAAGGGACUCACCAGUGUAUAUUAUACAUCGUGCUGAAAUGAGUGAUUCCUCGGGGAGCUGCAUAGCUUCUGAGAAGCAUGAGUGGUCUUCCACUCUGUCCUAAAUGUUUCACUUCUUGUUUUACUGUAUUUGACUUUCUAAUGCGUAACCCUGUGAUGGAAUAGUGUCUUUUCCCCAAGGCACUCGGUGUCCUGGUAGCAUGUAUGGCACUUGCAUGUAGCAUCCUACUUGCACAGAUGUUCUUAGGUUUGUUGCCCACUAUUUGCACAGCCUUACUGAACAGAACUGAGUUAAUUAACAUAAUAAGCUCAACAAGCAAACCCAAGUGAUGGGCACAGGGUGCUGUACUUACAUGGGGGACAUCUGGGGUUUGUAAGGUGUUGAUGGGCUGCUGUGGUGGGAAAUAUAUUAGGGCUUGUGUUUCUGCAGUGCUCAGCUCCUUUUAACUGCCUUUCCAUGUGUAGAAAUCCAUUUUAAAUCUUCUUUUAUUUUCUACUUCUAUCUUUGCCUUCCUGUGUAGAAAACAGGAUUGCGAGUUGUAGCUGUGCUUUCUUUAUUACUGUCUCUCAUGUAUUCUGAUCAUUUUAGCAAAUAGGUAAUUGUUAAUUGAAAUGAAUACAGCUGUCCAGAAGGAGCACUCAGUGGAAUCAUUUAACUCAAAAUAAAGCUGGAAAAUGAAAACCUAUUCUGGAGGGAAGGAUAUAUGUAGGUUAGCUUAUCUGCUUCAAGAGCCUGGGAAUUCCUGCAGAAAUGAAUUCAUUAUAAAUUGCCUCCAGGGCAGCACCCCUAUUGCACAAACUGUGAAAGGAAGGAAAUAAUCUCUUAGAUACGGUGAGCCUCCCCAGAUCACCGACUGUUUUGUCGUUCUUUUUUUCUCUGAGGCUUCCACUUUUAGCAGUGUAACGCAGGAAGGUACCUUGCUGGGUUUUUUUAAAGACCAAACUAAGGUGUAAAACUAAUUUUCCUUUAUGUUUCCUUUGAGGUAGCAUCAGCAUAACUGUGUGUUAAUGGUAAUGGAGAAAAAUGGCUGUUUUUAGGCACGUGGAAGGAUCUUGGGAAGUGCUUCAGGCACUCACUGGAGUUGAUUGUUCAUAAAGAGAUGUUCUCUUUUUUUAUGGGCACUACUUUUCUGUUCCGUCCACUUCAUGAAGUGUAGGCCCGGAAGGGGAAAUGUUACUUUGCUUUCUUUAACAGAUUUUUGUAAUGAAACUCUAACAUCAGGCUUUGCGCUUAAACCUUUGGACACCAGAGUGCUUUCCAAACUCAGUGCUCGGGGUAAUUGUCCUUAAGCCGGACGUCAGGCCUUACAAAAGUAGAGAAUGCAGAUUUGUGAGCAACGUUUUUAUUUUCCUUUACGAAUGGAAGAAGUUUUCCAAGGGCUGUUCCACAGAGCUGCUGCAGGAAUGAUCACAAAAUUGCCCUACUGUUCUGUAGAAAUGUUGCACCAGCUGCUUCUUAAACUGGUGCCAGAUACUUUUAAAACAUUUUCAUUAAGAUGAUGAAAUUUAACCUUUAAAUGAUCUUUUGAAAUUUGAUUACAGUGAAAAUGCAGCCUGCAAGUUGCUUAGAACUUCAACUUACUAUUUUUCUAUCUGAAGAGAACAGGUAGGAACCUGAAUGCAUCAAACUAUGGCUGAGGGAAGCCUACCUGUAUUUGUAUUUUUUUACUAAUUCCACGAAUCUGUAGCCUGUAAAUAAAUGAUUUGAAUCAAGAGACCAUUAACGGUGUUGUUUAUAGACUGCCAUUUCCUAAAGGGAAAUAUUUAAUGCUAAAAUUGCUCUCUAGUUCCAGUGGUGGUGAGUUCCACUACAGAGCGCCCUGAACGAGAGCUGAGCCCUGGCCAUGUAUACGUUAUUAAACAUGGUGCUACUUUUGGUGCAGAGCUAUAGCAACACAUCCUCCUGGCGCAGCACUUAAAAAAAGCACUGCAUUGUUUAAAUGGGUGAUUGUGUGAAAAUGAAGCCAGCAUCCUGUGUGUACAGUCUUAUUGCAUACGUAAUAGGCUUCCCUUCCUGUAUUCAUAGAAAAAACGUUCAGUGUCUGGUAAGGUAAGGCAGUGUGACCAUCCAGUGAAAACCAUAUGCAUAUAAAAAAAAAAAACCCUUGGUGAUUAUUCUAUUUUUAGCUCUUAGGGAUGAAGAUUACUUCCAGACGUUAAAUGUACAUCAGGCCAGGAUGUGCUUAGAAUUGAGGAAAUAGAGUAGGCAACGAAAAAGAGAAUUCAGUCAAGGAUGUAACGAAGUGAUGAACUGACACAUUUCAGAGGUACUGACGGUACUUUGGAGUUAAAUAGGAGCGUGGAUUUAGUCCGGUGGGAGGAUCCUGUAGGGCAUGUCAGGGAAUCUGGUUUGAGAAAACUGGUGCAGAAGUGAGAUCCUCCCGUUCUCGCAUUUCACUGCUGAGUCCUUCAGGUGCUGUGGGGUCACUGAAGCACUCACUGCUUUAAAGUCUCCAGAGCUCAGUCCCAAAGUGGUGAGUUCAGUAGAUAUUGCUGAUUGUGUGCGUUUCCAGCUGCUGUUCCUUGCAGCCUGUUCCAAGAGCAGCGACAGUCACAGAAUAGACAAUAUUUACUUUAAAGAUCCCUACAAUUUUUUUUUCCCUUUCCCUGUUAACAUAACAGAUUCCUGCUAGUGUGGUUCUGGAAUUUAAUGUUGACAGGCAGCAACUGAGAACAUGAAACGCUCUCUUCAUAGGAAUUCAUCUCACUGCUUUUAUACGCUUGUACUGAAGAUUUGUUUGGAGAGAUCACAGCUCUUCACUUCCUGUGUUAGGUCAGCUUAAUGUCUAUACGAGUGUCUCAUACUGAGUGGAAAGUAUAUCAAACCUUUAAGCUUGUGAACUGGGCCUGAGAAUGCCUCCGGAAGAAACUGUGUGUUGGGGAGCUUUGCUGGUGUGAGGUGUGUGUGUUAAAUACGUGUCCUGCAAAAGUCUCCCCUGGCAUUUGCAAGCCAGAAGAAACGUGUGCGCCUGUGGGCUUCCUUCUGCAUUCGUCUGUUGCUGUCUCUUGAUUUGUCUUGAGGUUGUUGGAUCUGUGUUCUGAGCACUGCAUAAACAUAGUACCCUUUAGGAAUUCUACAUUUGUCAGCUAGUAGUUGAAUUAUCCCCCUCGAGUGUGUAGUUUUCCACUGGGCUUAGUACUUGUUUCAGAUCUUAUGCAAAUCGCAACAUGUGUAUUUGAUUGAGCACAUAUCAACAGCGAUCCGUCUUGGAUGUUUUAUUUCCAGUCUGCUUCUGAAUGCUCCAUUUCCCCCUUCCCUUUUACUACUAUUCUCCUUAGCACCGUACUUCUGGAGUGGUUUCCUUAUUUUUAAACCAUCAGUUUUUACUUCUUUGGGAAUGCUGAUGCCACUGCAUGCUGAGUGGAAGGAGGGAGUGGAGAACUGUGUGAACAAUGUGCCUGUCCUCAUCUUUAUCUUCCCAUAGUUGAGAAACUUCAGAACAAGCAUUAGGUUUACACAAAUUAGUAUGGAUUGAGUGAACUGAAGGCAGGUGAUUGUAGUGUAGUUUGGUACUUUUUAAGCCUUCCUUGAUUGGUGUUGGGAGUGGUCUUGGUAAGAAUCAUCAUGCAUGCUGUUCCUUACAAAUUGCCACGUUCAUUUCACUAGGAUUAAUGUUUCAGGGUCAGUAUUGGGCCAAUUAAUAUUGGUUAUGGAUCUGUCUCCGCAAAUAGAGUAACUGUAAUCUCAAACCAUUGAACUAUAGAAUGGUUUGGGUUGGAAGGGACCUUUAAGAUCAUCUAGUUCCAACCCCCUGCUAUAGGAAGGGACACCUUACUCUAGACUAGAUUGCUCAAAGCCCCAUCCAGCCUGGCUUUGAAUGCUUCCCCUUGACACUUGCUUAUUACAAAGGUUCCUGGAGACCAAAGACCUGCUUUGAGGACCUUGAAAUAUGUUAAUCCCUGACAACUGCGAGGGUGCAGUCAAUAGAAAGAGAACAGCAGUGCAGUUUGCACUGGGAUCACGAUGUAGUCUUCUAAUAAGUAGUGCCUUCUUGGCCAUACUUGGCCUUUCCCGCAUGAAAGUCUGUUGUCCAUAAUGUGUGCUGGAGGAGACACCUGCAUCCUGAUGAGACAGUGUGGUACUUCAGUGCUCCUAUGAAUGGAUUCUCCUGGCUGUAGAGUGUGUCUGUAGUUUGCAUUUUAAAGUCAGGAGGCAGUAAUGCUGCACAUCUCAUCCUAUUACUUGUCAUGCCCUUACUGUCUCUUAAGGACAAAUGUGUAUUCCUGUCUGGACCCAUUAGCAUUCAUAGCCGUUCUUGUUGCUCACUGGAAUACUGAUGUGCAGUGCUAGAAAUGGGAUGAGGGGAAGGAAGGCUUCAAGGGAAGGCACAACACAAGGAUUAAAGGUGCCAAAGCUUUAGGAAAAUGCUGCUGUUCCUUCAAGUGAGACUAAAGCAGAUGUUGCUGCGAGGCUCAGCUUAACUGACUGUUGGAAUGAAAUUGAGGUAUAUUAAAACUGUUGAUUUUGUUUGGAAUGCUGCCACAUCCAUUGAGGGAAAGAAAGAUUGGGAAACUGGAUAUGUGUCCUACUGGGUUAAAAUAGUAUCUUUUAGUGAGUGUUGGAUGCCAUUAUAUUUGGAAGGGAACACGUCUCACCCCAGUGCAAACUGCACACAGUUCCUGGCCUAUUUCCUUGCUAGAAGUGUUGUAGCAGGCAGUGACAUCUAUAAGAUUUUAGAAGUUGAUUUUUUGCUGACUGAAGACAUACCUGUUUCCACACUGAAAAGCAAGUCUGAUAGUUUUUGUGGCUGUAAAUAGCAGUACAACCUGUUCCACUGAAGCUGUUCAGUACUGUGCCUCGCUUUCCCAGUUCUUUUUUAAUGUAACAUGCAAAUCCAAACUCACGCUUCACUUCUACUAUUUCCUACCUUACUCUAACAUUUCACACUCUAUUCUCUCUUAUCUGGCUCUUCCCAAGUGUAGCUUUGAUAGAUCUGUUCCGAGGAAGUAACUUCAUAAUGCAACUUUCCUCUCUUGCUGUGUUUCAUCUGCUUACUUUGUCACUCUGAAGAGCCGUGACCGGUGCUUUCCAACCUGCUUUUCCAUUACCUUCGAGUGUAGUUAAGUGUCAAUUCUCUAACUUGAAAGCUGUACUCGGUAAGAUGCUAUAAACUACAACCGUUCUUGGGGGAGGUCAAAAACUAUUUUGAUGGAGAAAUAAGCAGUGAGAAGUUUCAGGAGGAAGAUGCUCAAAAGCAGAAGGUUCCUUGUGGGGCUGACAUGGCAUUGCAGUGAGCUCGGCCGGGAGGCUGCACGCAGGUUAGCGGCCUGCGAUCCCUCUGGCAGCAGGGAGGGCACGGGGUGCAGUGCUAAGUGAAAGAGGCAGCAAAAAUGACCAAGCUGUGUUUGUGCCAGGAAUUGUCACCAGGAUUUUACCAUCAAAUAAGGCGUAGCUCCGGCUUCUGCAGACGGUGAGCUUUGUAAUGCUAAUCUCCCCGGUGUCUCUUCUGAUCUGUUGGCAGUGGGAGUUUCUCACUGAGACACCUUGUUAAUUCUGUCUUUGUCUUCUGUUUCUCCAGUAUGAGAAUGUGAAUUUUACCACAGCUGUAGCACAGUCUCAGAAUUUGUUGAAGUUUGUCUGUAAACAGAGAAGAGGCAUUAAGUAUUGAGCAACUUUCCUGUUCCUAGAUGGGCAACCGUGGCUGCAGCCAGUGUCAGUAACGAGCUACUGUAAAGACAGCCUUUGGUCUGAUAUGGGGAAAGAGUUGCAAUAAAGGAGAUCAGUGGCUUAGGAAAAGAAGGUGGGAAAAAAAAGAGAACUGAAAGAGAAGUCUAAGAAAAUAUUUAAAUUGUCUGGGGUGACUGUGAAGUGAUUGAUAUGAAAACAGUAAAUUGACUGUAUAAGAAGCUGUUGUCACUUGUGUUAACUGUUGCUCCCCAGACAGUAAAAGCAGUCAGACUGUCCUUUGUCUGCAGCUGGUGGGGAUGGAGCUCCAUCCUAAUGGCAGUCCAUUGAUUGUGCAGGGGGCUGAUGAGGCAGCAUGGCUCAUUCCAAACUUUAACACCUCCAAAACUGCAGAAGUAGGAUAUACCUCUGCCCACGUUUUAGAAUCACGUUGAUCAUCAAAAACUGUUCUUCCCUGGGAUUCCGUGUGUUAGCUCCCCUAACGGACCAUGGAGAAAGUGGAUGAGUGCAGGUUGUGCUUCCAGCUAUAGCCAGGGAAAACCUGGCCUAAGUCUGAACUGAGCCAUAAGAAUUGAACAAAAAAUAUUCACUUUCUUUUAGGUGUUAGAGCUGCGAUUUGCCUUUGAAACAUAAAGGCCUAGGACCUACUUUUGCUGUCUUACAUUUUUGUUAAUGUCCAAAGAAACUGAGGAGUUGUAUCAAAUCCCAGUAAUCCGUUAGCAUUUGUGAUUCACAGGGUUUUCGUAGUGUCUAAAUAUUUAAUACUGAAUUAUUAAUGCUAAUUUACUAAUUAUUAAACCAGAAAGGAAAUAGAUGCAGAUACAGCAUAAAUAAAACUUGUAGGAAAUGUUGUUGGAGUUGGGACUUGGUUGGGAUGCUCUCCUUAUUGCUGUUGUUGCAGCAAGCAGAGUAUUCUCAUCGUAUAUAUGUGCACAAGGGAGGAAAAGCCUGAAAUUAUUUCCUUACUCAUCACAGUUGAGAGGUUUCUUUGGAUUCUCAGCCUAUGAGCCAAGAGGUAAAACUAUGAAAGAGCCGCUCAGACAAAUGUGAGUUGGUAGGAAAUGCGGUUCCUUAAAAACAAAACACAACUGUUUUAUGAAAGAAUGGACGGCUGAAUUGAUCUCAAGACUGUCCUGAUGACAGCCACGAUGCCUGGGACAAAGCAGUGACAUGGAGGAGAUGGUAGGAAGCUGCCAGGAAAGUACGGUGUCACAUAGUGCAGCUGAUGUGUUCUUAGCUGGGGAGAAAGGUGAUUUAGAUGAAUUUUAAGAUCUUAGGGCAUUCUAGGGUUUCUUUCAGAAUAUUAUAAGAUAUCAUAAUAUGUUGUAGCCUAAUGCUUUAUUCCUUUAUUCUGACUGGUGGAAACUGAGACAGAAAAAGAAAAGUCAUCCUCCCUGUUUCUUUUAGGGUAGAUUGAGUUCCUGCUCUGAUGCAUCUUCACAGCCCAUCCUUACCUUGCUUAUAAACGCUUUACUCUUUUACCGCUGUCUUUUUGUUUGACUUCCUCUUUUUUUUUCAGUUCCCAUUUUAAAGGAAAAAAUUGUGGUGAAUGUGUUUUGCCUGUCUGGCAGGGAUAUGGCAUACUGGUCCCAGUGGUUCUUCUGGCUGUGACUUCAGCCAGGUGCUGUGCCUGCUCGAACCCAGCCCCAGGUGGCUUUCCUGCUGGGGGACUGAGUGAGAGGUGUCUCUGGGAAGCUGAUGUGAUAACUUUAAAAAGAGAGAAAUCUGUAUCUUGUGACUCACUGGGUACUUUCUAACUUGGCACGUGUUAUGGUUCUAAAAUGAAUUUCUUGUUUUCUAAGCUUCACAGUCUUCCCUGUCUCCUUCACAAGAACUACCACGUUUCUUGUGCUUGCUAUCAGUGUUGUGAUCAGUUCCUUAACAGUGGAGGUCUUAUGCAGUCCCAGCUGUGCUCGUGUAUGUUACAGAAUCUCAGCUUGAUUUCCCUUCAGACCUUAACCAACCUUGCUCACCUCUGCUUUUGUAGUGAGGCUGCUUCCCCUUUGGCCUGUGAGUCCCAUGUCAGUUCCCCUGGUGCCAUUAAUUUCCCAGUCUAUCCACAGAAUGGAACAUUACUUUUAUCUUGGCGUUCUCCUUCUGGGCUCACACAUACAGUUCAUAUGAGUACCUGGGUUUAGUGCAAACUCAUAGAAGCACUCACCCACGCAUUUCUUCCUGCAGCAGGCACACGUGUCUGAACUUUGACUUCUGCUCUCUCCCUCUGUAGGUGUGGUGUUUCUGUGUCUAUUACAGGGAAUUCCACAUUGUGCUAUAAGCACAAUCUACUGUUUCUGAGCCUAAGCCUUUAGGCCUGGCUUCAUUGGGUUUAGAUAAGUACUUUUCUUUCUCUUUUUUUUUUUGUCUAAAAGUGUUUUGUGUGUUGGUUUAACAUUCAUGGACUUAAAUUACUUUUUUUUUGUCAACUUAGGAACUGGGAAGCAGAAGUGUUUUUGUCUUUCAGCCUUUUUAUCACCAAUUCUGAGUGCCUUAAUAUCUGCUGAUAUGUGCUGUACAUUUCCUUCAUCGUGUUCUCUGAAGCAGCUCAUGAUCCUUCAGACUCACCUCGUAAUCCUAGAGGUUGGAGGGGACCACUGGAGAUAUCUCCAGUCCAACUCCAGUCUCAGCAGAUUCCUGAGAUAGAUUGCACAGGAAAAUGUGAAUAGAAUAUCUCCAUGGAAGAAGACUCCGUAGCCUUUCUGGUCAAUGUGUUUCAGCGCUCUGACACCUUCACAGUCCAGAAGUUUUUCAUUACAUUUGUAUGGAACUUCCUGUGUUGCAGUUUUUGCCCAUUGCUUCUUGUUCUGUUACUGCACAUUACUGAAAAGAGCCUGGCCUCAUUCACUUGCCUCCUGCCCAUUAGCUAUUUAUCAGCAUUGAUGAGAUCUGCCCCCCACCUGCAGCCUUCUCUUCUCCAGGCUGAACAGCCCCAGGUCUCUCAGCCUCACCAGGACAGGGUGGAAGGGGAGGAUCACCUCCCUUGACCUGCUGGCUGUGCUCUUUCACGUGCACCUCGGGACAACAGAAACCUUGUAGAAUUGCUCUUGGAAACUACUUAGUGCAGUAGCUCAACACACAUGCUGUAUCAGGGAACAGAUACAUUCUUUGGAAAGUAAUGGUUUUGAGUCUGUCUCGAUGGUUUUGAGACUUAAGUUGUGCAGCAAGGAACUCCACAGAGACAAUUCUGGUUCAGUUCCAGCAUGUACUGUUUCAAUAAUCUGAUAGAGCUGAUGGAACAAAACUGAUUUGCAGGAGUAAGUGCUUAUUUGACUGAACCUUGGGACCAGGGCUGUGUUAGUGUUCUGUUUCUGACAGCCACAAAUAUUACUUUUGCUGCUGCUGCUUCUGUGGGGACACAGAUCACCGUAGGGGAUGCUUUGUAAGGAUUUCCUCCUUACAGUUGAGCUGAUGAGCAGGAACUGUAGGUUGCCUUCUCUUCAUUGGCUUCCAGCGUUUCCUCUGCCCAAGAGGACACUGACAUCUAGUGGAUGGGUUCCAUAUACACGGUGCAAGCAAACUGCUCUUCUAUGGCUAUCUCUAUUCUGUGCUCUUGCCUAAAUUGUGCUUUUGUUCAGAUCCUUAGGAUUUUUCUAACAGGGGAAGAAAAAAAACCUCAAAACAAUCAAGAAAGCAACGUGGCCAAUGUCAAGUAACUUCUUUUGGGGUUUGAGAUUUAAGGGUUGCACUGUCAAACCAGUUGUUGCUUGUUGGGAACGUUUUGUUCAGUCCCGUUGAGUGUGUGUAAGCCUCAGAUGUCUGUAAUACACUGAUUUAAGAUACUGCGUUCCUCAGUCGCCCUCCCAGUGUAUGAAGAGCAGCUGCUACCUGUGCUGCAAGAAGAGGCAGAUGGGCCAAUUUUCACCUCUGAGACAGAGUCCCUCUAAGCUGCCUUCAGGUCUGGGCCUCGCCUUCUGAUGAAGCUCAAAGCCUAAUGACACACAGUAGUGUUCUCUGCAGCUUGUCCCACACAUCUGGUGGCUUAGCUGGGAACUGAGCGGCAGGACAAGUUUUAACAAAAGCACAAUUUCUCCUGAAAUGUUCCUAAGCUGAGGGCAGCAUUAAGAAAGCUUUCAUUUUAAUGUUAAUAUUGCUUAAUUGUGAAAACAGAAAUUCAGGUGAAUUAACGAGAUCCAACUUCUCUCAUGAAGGAAAUAAACACUGCUUGAAAAUGAACAGUUCAAUGGUCAGGUAUGAUACUGCUAUUGAGCCGUUGUCUGUGAGCAGGUAGCACUCCUGCUGUGGGUUGUUGUUAGGGUUUAAGUCAUCCUGCACGAGCACUUGUUAAGCAAUAACAUACUGUUGGGAGGCUUGUUUCCCCCCCAGCCACUUUCUAAAUGAGGUUAAAAUGAGGCAGUUCCAAGGCAUUUAAGAUCAAAAAGAAUCGUUGUCAGAGAAAAUGUAGGCUGGCAGAGCUGAGAAUGGGGAUGUUGGACUGAAAUGCUCGGUGAGGGUAUUUAAACAUGAAAAUACUGCUUCCUCUUCCUGAGAAAACAUUACAUUUUGUGUUGAUGAGUGCUGAGAUUGUUUUAUUAAUUGCUUCCAUUCUUUGGUUACAGUGGAAGUGUCCUCAUGUUUUGACACUGACAGCCAAAAAGCUCUGUACCGAAAUUAAAUGCAUGUUUACGUGAAAUAGCAUCGUUUACAGUUCAUCUUCUGCUAACACUUUUUCUGUGCUAAAGAGCACUUAGGCAGUGCAGGCAAUAGAUAAAUUAGGAUAUGCAUGUUUCUGUCCUAGUAGGAAGACUUCGCUAAUUUGAGGUUGAACCAAUGCUGUCAAUUCCAGGCCGUGAUGAAAAGUCAGAACAAUUCAUGAGAAAAGCAAAACUGCAGCCUCAGCUGCCCUCUGUUUGAAUUCAGAAGAAAGAAGAAAUGUUUGUCUCCUUUUGGCUACUGAAAAUGUCAUCUCGUUUCUAGCAACACGGCAGUGUGCUGGGCUUACUGGUGGCCAUAGCUUGUUCAUCGCUGCGUGUCCCGUGUCUCAUUUCCUUGUAUGGCAGCUAUAGGCAGUUACAAACUGUCACUCAGCUCAUUUGGUUCUUAGUCACACGGCCACCAUCACUGUAAGUUUCUCACAUGCUGCUUUUAUCAGUAUUUUCAAACCUUAGCGUGCUUUCUAUUGUCUCAGUAGUCUGCUUCAUUGCAGCUUGUAGUAUUUUCAUCUCCUUUAUUGAUUGCUUUUUAGCUUUGUCAUCAAAAAGUCUAUUAGCAUCGUCUGCUUUUAGUGAUAAGUCACUCAUGAAGAUGUGUGACAGGACUAACACAGAGCUCUGUGUGUUGCUGUGUUUUUGCGAUGGUUUUUACUGUUAAGAACCUCUACUGGUGAAAUCCUCUCCAUCAAACGGUUUGUUUGGGAUUUUUUCCCCAGUGUUUCUCUUCUUAAAAACGGGCUGAAGAGACCCUGGUCUCGCCUGAAUUCCUAUGAAAAUUCACACGCUCUUUGCAGUUGGCACUGAGUCAAAUACUUCUUCGGAGCUCGGAUGAGAACAGCUUCCUUUCCCAAGAAGGGAAACGGGCUCUUAUAGCUGUGUCACUUACUCCAGAGAUGAGAAUUGCAGAUAAGAAUCUUGAGGUUACAUCUGAAAGUAUUCCUGUACAUUUCUGAAAUUCCUGGAAGUAAAGCUGUCAUCCAGAACCUGGGUGUGUUGAAUAAAGUUGUUUGUAUCCCAAAUAGAGGCUUUGGCUGUUGUUUACCAAACAAGCGGUCUUGUUCUGCCUUCUGGAUUGUAAACAUGCAGCUCUGGAAAGCAAUAACGGUUGAGGUUUACUUGAUGAGCACCUUGACUGACGAGGCACUUGCCUGAACCAGGUUCAUUUUAUUUGUUGCCUUGAGUAGCUUUGUGUUAUUUGCAAUUUGGUGCUGUAGAAGAGCAGUGUUUGACAAAGGAGCGGCAUGAGAGGCUGCCUGCAGGGUAGGGACGAGGGGAGGCUUUGUAGGAUUCUUUGCAGUUGAGCGUGUGCCUCAUAUGAGGCCUGCAAAAUAGAAGAAUUUCUGAGAUAUCUUGUUAAUUUUAUUAUAGAUGUAAUAAAGGCAACCUGCAAAUUCUUUAAUGUUGAACUUGCAUUUAUACGUAGUGGAAUCAUUGACUCAAUGUAGUUGUUUCUCUACUUAAGGUUGCUGCUUUGUUUUCAUCUGAGUAGUUUCUUCAUGGCUUUCUGCUCUGAGAAUGGUGUUGACUCCGACGUUCCCUGUUCUUUCUGCAUGGUCUGAUGGAAAGAGAUUAAGAAGAUUAUCCACAAAAUACAGAACAGAGAAGAUCUAUCCAACAGCCACUGGUGAAAAGGAAGAAAAUGUGAAGAAGAACAGAUAUAAGGAUAUAUUGCCAUUUGAUCACAGCCGAGUUAAACUGACCUUAAAAACUCCCCCCCAAGAUUCCGACUACAUCAAUGCAAACUUUAUUAAGGGAGUACAUGGGCCGAAGGCGUAUGUUGCUACCCAGGGACCAUUAGCAAAUACAGUAAUAGAUUUCUGGAGGAUGAUAUGGGAAUACAAUGUGGCUAUAAUUGUAAUGGCCUGUCGAGAAUUUGAAAUGGGAAGGAAAAAAUGUGAACGUUACUGGCCAUUGUAUGGAGAAGCAGCAGUAACUUUUGGACCAUUUCGUGUUUCAUGUGAAGCUGAGCAAGCAAGAACAGAUUACUUCAUUAGAACGUUAUUACUUGAAUUUCAAAAUGAAACUCGUAGUGUCUAUCAAUUUCAUUAUGUUAACUGGCCUGACCAUGAUGUCCCGUCAUCUUUUGAUUCUAUUCUGGACAUGAUCAGUUUGAUGAGAGAAUACCAGGAACAUGAAGAUGUACCGAUCUGCAUACACUGCAGUGCAGGGUGUGGAAGAACGGGAGCCAUCUGUGCCAUAGAUUAUACAUGGAAUUUGCUUAAAGCUGGGAAAAUACCUGAAGAGUUCAAUGUAUUUAAUUUAAUACAGGAAAUGAGGACGCAAAGGCAUUCUGCAGUGCAGACAAAGGAGCAGUAUGAACUUGUCCAUCGAGCCAUAGCACAACUGUUUGAAAAGCAACUGCAAAAAUAUGAAAGUUGUACGGACUGGAAGAUUGCAGAUGGAGUGGAUGAAAAUAAUACAGAGAAUGCUGUGAGUUCUUCAGAUGCUCAGAAACAGGAUUCUCCACCACCAAAGCCUCCACGGACCCGCAGUUGCCUUGUAGAAGGAGAUGCUAAAGAGGAAAUAUUGCAGCCUCCGGAGCCUCAGCCAGUACCACCUAUCUUAACACCAUCUCCUCCAUCAGCCUAUCCAACAGUCACUACGGUGUGGCAGGACAAUGACAGAUACCAUCCAAAGCCAGUUUUGCACAUGGUUUCAUCAGAGCAUUCAACAGACCUCAAUGAGAAUUACAGUAAAACCACAGAACUUUCAGGAAAGAGUGAACCCAGUGAACGUAUGGAGAAAAGGCUGGAGCGCAACUUGAGCUUUGAAAUCAGGAAAGUACCUCUUCAGGAGGGCCCACGAAGCUUUGAUGGGAACUCCCUGUUGAAUAGGGGACAUGCAAUUAAGGUUAAGCCCGCAUCAUCCUCUGUAACUGAUAAGAACUUUAAGUCACAGGAGCAGAUUUCAGGGGAUUCAUUUGUGGAUGCUUCUAAAAACUCAUGUAUAGAAUGCAGCACGCCACAGUCUAAUACAGCCUUAAUACCUUCACCAGAAAGUCUGCAGGGCCAACAGGUUUCUGAUACUCCACCAAGACCAGAUCGUCUGCCUCUAACAGAAAAGGGACAUGCCAGGUGGUCACUGCACGGGCCUGAAAAUGCACUGCGUCCGUCAGUGCCUGAAGACGUGUCUUCAGACGUCUUAUGUCAUGGGGUUAAUACUCUCUCUCUAGUAUCAAACACCACAGUUGAACUUCCUUCCAGUGAUAAAAGUGAUCAUACUGCUAUUUCUCUUCGGGCACCCCUCUGUUUUACUAAUCCUCUGCAUUCAGAUGAUUCUGACACAGAUGAAAUGAACUUUGAUGGAGCCAUGAGCAGAAGUGCAUCUAAUAUUUCAACCGCAAGUGCCACUGUUUCUGCUGCCACUACUACCGAAAGCGUUUCUGCCAGAAAAGUAUUGCCAAUGUCAAUUGCUAGGCAAGACUUAGCUGCUGUAAUGUGUUCUGAAGAUGGCAAAGAUGCUGAUAACAGUGAAGAGUCUUCUCCCCCACUCCCGGAAAGAACACCGGAAUCUUUUGUAUUAGCGAGUGAACCAAGCACACCCCUACCGAAGUCAGCUACGAUUGCACAGUCUGAGUGGAGCAUACUGCGUGAUCAGCAUCUCCCUGAACAAACGGUCUAUACGGGUUUGAAAACAGCUUCACCUGUACUACCUGGUCGUCCUGAAAUAAGCAACAAAACGCCAACGGAUAUUUUACCUCAGAUUUCUUUUUCUGGUUCCAAUGAUCCAAGAGGUCAAAUUUCAGAUCUUCCAACAGAAGUAACAGAUAUUGGUUUUGGUAACCGCUGCGGAAAGCCCAGAGGACCGAGAGAGCCACCUUCAGAAUGGACAUGAUCCAACACCUUAUGGACAUACUAUCAAUAAAUUAUACUGGAAAACUCAAGUGCCACUGAACUAGAAAAAUAGUAUUCCACUUUUCUGGGGGGCAACUAACACAGAGCAGUGUAGAUCUAACUACCAAAUGGUACACCUUUACAGUACAUCCCACGCAAAACCUUAAACGUUGUUCACAACAGUGGAUUCCAGUAUUACAACUUAACUUUUUGCUGGGGCCAUCUACCUGCCUUAUUACACUUAGGAGAAAGUAUUACAUAUGAUUUAUUUUGUAACUUCAAGUAUUAUUGCCUUAAUGUCUUUUAACCCUGUUACACGCUGCUUGUAGACAUAUGUUAAUAUAGUAAUACUUUGGACAGAUUGUGUUUAUGGACUACUUUUUGCUAACGUUUGAUUACCGUGUAUGCAUUAUUUUGUAUAUGUACAGGGCAAGUAAGUAUAUAAUUUGAUAAAGUUGCAAUCAUAAAAUAUUAACAGAAGAUGUAAGAAAUCUCUGCAUGAUCUAAAUUUUUGUGUACCUUAUUUGUAAAUUAUUUGCCCUGAAGUUUUAGAAAAUAGUUUCUGGGGUUUGUUUUUUUUUUGUUUUGUUUUUUUUGUUUUUUACAAAAUUGCUGGACACACACAGCCAGAAUUGCAGGUUAGCAGAGAUAAAGAUUGUAAUACAUUUUGUAAAUUGUAAGCAAAAGGUUAUUUUUAUAUUAUAUACUGUUUAAUUGUCAGACCUAAUUUGUUCUGGUUUUCAUCUAGUCACAGAGAUUCAGUAAGUGCCUUGGAACAAUAUUGAAUUCUCUUAGCCUGUGUAUGUUACUUCAGUGUUUUGAGUUCAUCUGGAAUUAGAUGAUUGAAAAUAUUUGUAUGUUUCUAGUAUAUUUGACCUGCCAGUAAAAGAGAAACCAUUCUACAUCUUCAACACUCCUCAGUUUUCAUUUUAAUGUUUCAUCAGUUGCGAUUUGUAGAAAAUCCAUCUCUGUCAGCUUUCUGUAGAAUAGUUUUACAAUUUGAAUGUGGCGUGUUUCUAAUUUGGGGAAAACCAGAACUCACUGAGGAAAGGACUGUUAAACACCACUGUGUUCUCUCUCAAUGGUAAGUACCAGUUUUGUUGUUCGGAGACUCUGUAUGUAAGAAAGCAACUUAUAUGAAGGUUCAAGUAGAGCCCUUGCAGCUACACUGUAUCUUGGCAGUAUGUUAUGUCGAGAGUUAAUCCUUAUAAGGAUUCCUUACUUAAACUUUUCUGUAAUAGAAUCUUUAAAUUAAAGAAAGUAAAAAUUGCA